UUUUUGCCAAGAUGGCGGCGGUGUGUGUAACUGAAUGGAAGACACGAAGUGUAAACCCGUAAGAAAGGAAAAAAUGCUCGUCGUACGUUUUUAUACGAUCAUCAUUUGUUUUAAGUAUUCCCAGUCGAGACUCGCUAAAAACACUGAAAUCAACUAGGAUGGUUAUAUCAUGACACAGAGCAAAAAGAAGAAGCGGGUGAAUCGCAGUCUGCUGCUGGCCAAGAAAAUAAUCAUCAAGGAUGGCGGAACGCCACAGGGUUUUGGGUCCCCCAGUGUUUACCAUGCUGUCAUUGUCAUAUUUCUGGAAUUCUUCGCUUGGGGAUUGUUGACCGCACCCACACUGGUCGUUCUUCAUGAGACCUUUCCGAAGCACACUUUUUUGAUGAAUGGCCUCAUACAGGGAGUUAAGGGUUUGCUGUCAUUUCUGAGUGCCCCUCUGAUUGGUGCUCUGUCUGAUGUCUGGGGAAGGAAGUCGUUUCUCCUUCUCACUGUUUUCUUCACAUGUGCUCCCAUACCUUUGAUGAAGAUUAGCCCAUGGUGGUAUUUUGCUGUUAUUUCUGUUUCGGGAGUUUUUGCUGUGACAUUCUCUGUGGUUUUUGCGUAUGUUGCUGAUAUCACACAAGAGCAUGAACGCAGCAUGGCAUACGGCCUGGUUUCAGCCACAUUUGCUGCAAGCCUGGUGACCAGCCCCGCCAUAGGUGCCUACCUCAGCCGAGCGUAUGGAGACAGUCUAGUAGUGGUUUUAGCUUCAGCGAUCGCCAUGCUGGACAUCUGCUUCAUCCUGGUGGCUGUUCCUGAAUCACUACCAGAGAAAAUGAGACCUGCGUCAUGGGGAGCACCGAUCUCCUGGGAACAAGCUGACCCCUUUGCUUCCCUGAAGAAGGUGGGUCAGGACUCGACGGUGCUCCUUAUCUGUAUUACAGUAUUCCUGUCAUACCUCCCGGAGGCUGGCCAGUACUCCAGCUUCUUCCUCUACCUGCGACAGAUAAUGGGCUUUUCACCAGAAAGUGUUGCUGCUUUCAUAGCUGUACUAGGAUUACUUUCCAUUGUUGCACAGACUGUAGUGUUAAGUUUACUGAUGCGUUCCAUCGGGAACAAGAACACGAUCCUGCUGGGUUUGGGCUUUCAGAUCCUCCAGCUGGCGUGGUAUGGGUUUGGUUCAGAGCCAUGGAUGAUGUGGGCUGCGGGUGCCGUGGCGGCCAUGUCCAGCAUCACCUUCCCUGCCGUUAGUGCGCUAGUGUCUCGCACGGCAGACCCAGACCAGCAAGGUGUGGGUCAGGGAAUGAUAACAGGGAUUCGUGGUCUGUGUAACGGACUCGGCCCAGCUCUCUACGGCUUCAUCUUCUACAUCUUUCACGUAGAGCUGGACGAGGUUCCUGAUGGAGGGGAUGAUACUGAGCGUCACAAUCAGCUCCAUCAGCAGAGUGCUAUAAUUCCAGGCCCUCCAUUUCUUUUCGGAGCGUGCUCAGUGCUGCUGGCGCUACUCGUGGCUUUGUUCAUCCCUGAACACACACCGCUGGGUAGCCGUGCGGGCAGCUGGAAGAAACACGCCUCGGCUCACGGGCACCAGCACAGCGCUCAGCCUCCAGAAGCCAAGGAGCCUCUGCUGCAGGACACCAACGUGUGAAAGAAAAUCCUCAACCAGAGACAUUACAAAUGCUAAUCUAUGUCAAACCCAGAGCUUUUUUUUUUUUUUUUUUAAUUAAAAAAAAUGUAAAUAGAAGAACAUAUAUUUAAUGAUGGUUCUGUUCAGUGGCACAGUUGCAGUGGCUUGUAUUUAUUCAUUUUAUAGUUCUUUACCUUUGGCUGAUCUUUUUUGUCUCCCUCCCACCCCCCUUAAAGCUGCAUUUCCAUUUUGGACAGGGCUCACUCAGGGACAUGAAGCUUGGUCAGGAGCGUUUCUGAACGCAGCAUGUGAACCCAUACAUGCCUCUCGUUAAUGGAAUAGGUCAAUGAAAAACUCACAUUGUGCCCAGUGUUUCCCUCCGUGCCAUUGCACACCUAUUGCUCUGUUUAUUGACUUGGGAUUGGAUUGUAGUUUAUCCUUUGGUUUGCACAAUUAAAUGAACCAAAACGAUGCUCUAUGAAAUAAUGAUGAUAAUAAUAGAGCUGAAAACAUCCUAAUGAUACUCUUUCACAAAGUUUGUUUCGUGGAAACAUUCAACAAACCUGUGUAGAAAUUACAAAAAUCACUUGAGCUGCAGAACAGGAAGUCAAAGCUGAAUAAAUUACAAGAUGUAAAGGAAUUCUCUACUCAAAUAUAGUUUUAUUUUUUGAAUUACUUUUAAAUACUGUAAUUCAGUUCAUCUACUAGGGGUAAGUGCCAAACAGCGCUGGGGGAAAAGUCAUGGAAAAGGGGAAAGUUGGCUGCCUCAAAAACAGCAGUGUUCGGCAUUCAGACAUUUGUUUAAGCUUAUACAUUCUUAUUCUUUGAAUUUAUUAUUUUUUUUAUUUUUUUGUCACUUUGUUAUAGUCAGAUUUCAUCUUUUUUUUUUUAUGGUCAAAUCUUUCCACCGUUCAUUCCAGAUGGAGUUAAAGGGGAAUAUUUACACCACAACUUUUGGAUAAUGAUGUUAAAUUCCAUGAAAUGAUGGCUACAUUAUUCUUUAACUCCUAAGACACACACAUCAUGUCUGAUAAGUUGCAUUAGGUGUAAGAGGUGUGCUGUUUCUUUUUUUUUUUUUUGUGCCAAAUCUGUACCUUUAAUAUGAAGUAUAAACAGAUCAGCUGUUUAGACACCUUUACAGUUUCCUACACAGCUUUUCCAGCUUGGCUUCAGUGUGAAAGAGAAGCUCGCACAUCUUUACUUUUGUUCUUCAGAUCUUUUAUCCACCCGAGCUCUGUGCAUUGUGCAUUAUUCAUACCACUUCAGAGUGAUUGGUGCCUUCGCUCGGUUUUCUGUUUUUACUCCCGCACAGUGCAUGUUUUGUUUCUUUUUCUUUAAUACCAUCGAGUGAGUUCAAUCAAUUGUAACAGUUCAGUGUAUCAAAGUAAUGAACACUAACAUGCAGGGCUUUGGGAAUGUUGUGAACAGAACCGGAGUCUGUAUGUAGUGUUCACAUUAGGGAGGUCAGUGAGGAGAGGAAUUUCAGUGGCCUUGUAUAUUUUUCAGUUUUUUUUUUUUUUUUGGCAGAACAUUUUGACCAAAUAAGUUUUUACUGAAUGAUGGCAAGUGUGAAUUAGUCAUUUUCUGGUUAUUUAUAAUUUCCGCAUGCUUUUCUAUGUUCUCUCAUCAUGUUUGGCUGCCUUUUGUUAUUCUUUAUAACAUACAGUAAAACUGUAAUUGGCUAAACUUGUAAAUAUGAUGUAUCGUAAAACAUUUCAAUAAAAGUAUUUUUUACAGUCAAAGCUGGGUUUGU